UAGGGCUUAGCAGCACUAGGAAGAAGAAAACAAUGGCGCCGAAAACUGCCAGGGUCACCAGAAAUCCUGAAUUGAUAAGGGGGGUUGGAAAGUUUUCGAGGUCGAAAAUGUACCACAAGAGAGGUCUGUGGGCCAUCAAGGCUAAGCACGGCGGCGUUUUUCCUCGUCACGAUCCCAAACCCAAGCCCGAAGCUCCUGCGGAGAAGCCUCCUAAAUUUUACCCUGCCGACGAUGUCAAGAAGCCCCUUGUCAAUAAGCACAAACCGAAACCUACUAAACUUAGGGCCAGCAUUACUCCCGGGACAGUAUUGAUACUUCUUGCUGGGAGAUUCAUGGGAAAGAGAGUAGUGUUUCUGAAGCAACUUCCUUCUGGAUUGCUUCUUGUUACCGGUCCAUUCAAGAUAAAUGGAGUUCCUUUGAGGCGUGUAAGCCAGUCUUAUGUAAUUGGGACGUCCACCAAGGUAGAUAUCUCUGGUGUUGACGUGGAAAAGUUUGAUGACAAAUACUUCACCAAGCAAGCCGAGAAGAAGAAGAAAAAAGGAGAGGGAGAGUUCUUUGAGGCAGAGAAGGAGGAGAAAAAUGUGAUCCCACAGGAGAAAAAAGAUGACCAGAAAGUAGUGGAUGCAGCAUUGAUAAAAGCCAUAGAGAGCGUUCCAGACUUGAAGGCUUAUUUGGGUGCAAGGUUUUCUCUGAAGGCAGGCAUGAAGCCUCAUGAGCUUGUCUUCUAAUCGGAGUCUUAGACUUAAUUUUUGUUGUUCUGUUUUUGUUGAGCUAGGUCCGAUUUGCUUUACUCUUCGGCCAUUCUUCGAUGUGGGACGACUGAAAAAUUUGAUUCUUUUUAUAGUAGUCGAAGGAUUUGUUUUCUUCAAUUCUAUACGUCUGAUUAGUAUGGAUAUCAUAACAAUUUUGGGUUUUCUGAGACGUCUAAAAGAGAGCUUAUUUUG